AUGUACAAAAGUUGACAUGACUAUUGAGCAGUACAAAUGCCGAUGCGAGUAUAAAACUCGUUUGUAUCCCGAAUUUUGGACAUGCAUGACGAGGACCAAGUUGAUCUCAUCUCCCAACUUUUCUCCGACUUUCCCAUCAUGAUGAUGCUGACUUGCGCUUGCUUCGCACUUUCACCCACUUUCUCUCCCUUCUCUGCUACAUAGCUAAAAAUAUGUAUAUCCAGAAGAGAUCUGGCUCCUGUUAGACGUGUCUUGUUGUUGUGAUCUCUCGCCUAACUGGAAAACAAAGGCCAACUGUUUUUCAAAUUUCUAAGCUUUCACUUUGAAAAAUAGCAAUAAAAUCGAGUCUCAAAAUGCACACGGCAAAAAAACUGCAGCUAUGCAUUUCCUUUUAUAUACUUGUUCGAUACUCCGUCCAAUCGGCAUACUUGGACAAUGUCCCCCGUUGCAUGCCCCUCGUCCAAUCCAAUGAGCACGAAAAAAACGGGACAUUCUCAUCCAACGACUACCCUUCCCACUAUCCGGCCAAGACGCAUUGUCGAUUCGACUUUAUUGGAAAUCCUAAAGAGCGGGUUAAAAUAGUUUUCACCGAUUUCAACCUCUACCAUCCAGACGGGGCGUAUUCUCAGGGGGACAGGUUGUCAAAUAAGGGCGGUGGACACAGCGUCAGUCAGAACCAGCGAGAACGUGACGAGGAACGAAGGAAGGAAAGGGAGAAAGAUUGCUCUGGGGAAGAUGUGGACGUUUUGUCCGCCUUCGUGUAUGAUGCUGACGACAAUCUGGAUCGAAUCGAUGACUACUGCGGAUCCGCCCCACCCCUCUCAAUUAUGUCCAGUAGCAAUAAGCUCACCCUGGAAUUCCGUUCGUCCACAUCAUCCCAAUAUGUGAGAGGCUUCUCUGCACUUUACAGCUUCGUUGAAGAUUUUGGGAUAAUGACGGGUCAGCAGGCUAGCGGAUAUCCGUGCAGAUUCAUCUUCAACUCGACGGAAACUAGUAAUGGGACUAUUGCAUCUCCAAACUAUCCAGGACUCUACCCACGAAACACGGAAUGUCACUACUUCUUUAAUGGCAAGGAUAACGAGCAUGUAGAGCUGCAUUUCACAUAUUUUCAUAUUGAUGGAGUUCAGCCGUGCGAUGAUGACACAUAUUCUGACUAUGUCGAGUUAUCCAACUACAUUCCAAUCGAUAGAAAAUAUGAUCGUAAAUGUGGCACGAUGGAAUCUGGGUUUAAAGUUAAAUCUGAUAGAAAGUUCUUUCGGGUCAAUUUCAAAUCGAAUGAUCGCUACGACGCUACAGGGUUCGAAGCUACGUACCAAUUUACCGACAAAGCAAACCACCUCACAAUUCGAAACAUUAGAAAUCAUGGUCAAAUCCCUACAUUUUGGAUGACACCGCAUGUUUCCAUCCUCAUCCUAUAUGCAAACAUGCUUGUUCUUAUGUAAAUGUACAUAAAUUGGGCAUCAAUAAAAAUAUUUAUUGGCACUA